GGCUUUUUUUACAUCUCUGGAAGAUGUAUGACAGAGCGGCUCGAAAUUUCACAUUCCAGCUAAAAACUGGAACUUCUUCUAAUGUUGGACCCGGAUCGUAUGACCCGAUAAUUUCUAAAUGUCAUGAAUACUAUAUUGGUUAUGCACCAUUCAACUCGUUGGCAGAGUGCAAACGUGAACUAACUUCAACAGAUGCUGUGGCUUAUCCAGCACCUUGGGAUUACAAACCGGAACAAAGCCAGUGUGAUAUUAAGGGUGGUUCUUCAGUCAGAAACCGGGACGUUCGCUUUCCUCCACUAAAACCUUUUGGUCCAGGGCCGAACGCUUAUAAUAUCACCUCCAAAUGGGGAUCAAAGUAUCCUGGACCCUGCGGACUGGCGAUUCCAGACACAAUGCUGCAAACACCGGAAGAGAUAGAAGCAGUGGAAAGAGCACAAGCCUUGUGCAAUCGAAUCAAUGUCAUCCGAUUCAGGGACGUUCCAAGCAUACCAUCUGGAAGUAAUGCUAAUGGUUAUCAGGAAGGCCCCGACGGGCGGCUACAACCACGCACGGGAAUUUAUAGGGAAAAUAUUCACGGAAAGUCGUUUUCUGAUCCAACACCUGCUGCCAAUUGUCUACGAUAUCAUGGCUGUGGCUGGUCAAAGUCCACAAGCCAGAGACCACCAUUGUUUAAACCCACACAUGAUGUCGGACCAGCUCAGUAUGAACCUUAUCCAGAUUUCUGGGAAAAACUAAUCAAACAGGCUCGUGAGCGCGACGCAGUUAAUCUUCAAAAUCCAUUGAAGGUACCUCGGUUCGUCGAAAAAGUCAUGCGUGAGGUCAAGCGAUUGGAUUUUCCGGCGCCAAAUGCUUACGAGCUUCCCGAUGUAAUCAAGGCGAAUACGGCGCAGCGAUCUUUCAGAGGCGUUCCUCUGCACGGUGCUCCUUUUAAUGUGGAAGCUGAGAGGUUUGAUAAUCCACCAGACGACACUCCAGGACCAGAUACUUACAGUAUUCAGCAGAAGUGGGGUGCUACUCCAUCUAAAGCACCAUUCAAUAGCACUGCGAUUCGGUUUAAGACGAAAUUCGAAGGCUCACCAGCUCCAAACAGCUAUGAGCCAUCAAACAGCUUCAUCGACGAAAUGAAAAGACGUAACGGCCAGAAAUUACUGCUGAAACAGAGCGUACCUUUUGGAAGUACAGCCAGACGAAUUACAACUGUCCUACCUGAACAGCUUGGGGGCUCUAAAUUAACGCCGAAAGAGACUGAAGGUGUCCCAAAUGCCGCGCAGAAUCAAGAUGCAUUCGAUCGAGAACCUAAAAGAGAUUGGGCUAAAGUUCCGAAUCUCGGUGUUGGGUCAAGGGUCUACAAUCUUGUUCAGUCUGAUGUUCCCGGACCAGGAACAUACGAAUUGGCAGAAUCUUUCGAUGUUACGCAGUCCAAGUGUUGUCGCAGAUCACCCUUGACAUUGGAAGGGAAGGAGCGUCAAGGGAUGUUCCUGUCUACUGCUGAUCGUUUUGAUAAACAGUCAUUUUUCGCACCGAAAGACCCGUCUAUGCCUGGCCCGGCGGACUUUUGUUUACCGAGUUCAUUGAAUGAAAACACGGGCAAGUUUGUGUACCGGGCGGAAAGGUUUAAAGAAAAAGCGACCACUCCUAUGCCCGGACCUGCUGAUUACGGUAUUGCUCCGGCUGUGGAAAGUUGUCUUCGCUUGGAUACGUUUAACGUCACUCUACCUGGGAAAGUUGCGGUAGCACCACAAGCUUUGCGCCGCUCGUUUCCUUCAGUACAUAUGGACACAGGUUUACCGGGGUCACCAGGGAAAUUACGCUCACUUGAAAUCCUCCGAUCUUCCUAACCAAACGAAGCAAAUAAGAAAAAUGAGUGAAUGGAGAUCUUCAACUCCAGGGGAUUUUGUUUGGAACACUACUGUGAAGCAGAAUGUUCGGAUGUUUUAUCGCUAAUCUGCUAGCAUAAGGCUAGCAAUCUUCCUGUCACAUGCUGAUCACUAACACUUAUUUAGCUGUGACUUCAGGAAUACUCUUGAUGGCAAUCGCACUUCGAAACUGUUUCAAACACACCUGUAACUUUUACAGCCCUGAUAACAGUUUCCAUACUUCGACACAGGAACGAGUACAAACGCCCAGGCUUUUUAUUUCACCGUUGAUCUUGAGAAACGACUGCAAGACGGCCCGAACAAAC